AGAGUACAAGUCUCCCCGCCAUUGACAAGAGGACCAAGUGCCUUUAUACCAGAGAAUGAAGUUAUGCAAGCAAAUGGUUUGGAUGAACGUACCAAUCUUCUUGUGGAAGAAUACUCUACGUCUGGUCGCCUGGACAACAUCACACAGGUCAUGAGUAUCCAUACUCAGUACCUGGAGUCUUUCCUCCGCAGCCAGUUCUAUAUGCUGCGCAUGGAUGGGCCCCUUCCUUUGCCCUAUAGGCACUACAUUGCUAUAAUGGCUGCUGCCAGACAUCAGUGUUCCUACCUAAUAAAUAUGCACGUUGAUGAGUUUUUGAAGACUGGUGGGAUUGCAGAGUGGUUGAAUGGUUUAGAAUACAUUCCCCAAAGACUGAAGAAUCUGAAUGAAAUAAACAAACUCCUUGCACACCGGCCCUGGCUAAUCACGAAAGAGCACAUUCAGAAACUUGUCAAGACUGGGGAAAAUAAUUGGUCUCUUCCUGAACUGGUGCAUGCUGUUGUCCUGUUGGCACAUUAUCAUGCCUUGGCAAGUUUUGUAUUUGGUAGUGGCAUUAAUCCAGAGAGAGAUCCGGAUACAUCUAAUGGAGUCAGACUUAUAGCAGUCAACAACUUCUGUGUCUGUGAUCUUGCCAAUGACAACAACAUAGAAAAUGCAUCCCUCACAAGUAGCAACUUUGGGAUUGCAGAUUCUUUAAGUGAGCUGGAGGCCUUAAUGGAAAGGAUGAAGAGGCUACAAGAAGAUAAAGAGGACGAAGAAGCUUCUCAGGAAGAAAUGGCAACUCGCUUUGAAAAGGAGAAGAAGGAGAGUCUGCUAGUAAUUAGUGGAGCAUUUGAUGAUGAAAUAGUUUCUACAGAUGUCUCCCGCUAUAUUGAAGAUCCUGGGUUUGGGUACAAAGACUUUGCAAGGCGAGGAGAAGACCAUCUGCCAACAUUCAGGGCUCAGGACUAUACUUGGGAAAAUCAUGGUUUUUCCCUUGUAAACAGGCUUUAUUCUGAUAUUGGGCAUCUCCUCGAUGAGAAGUUUCGGAUGGUAUAUAACCUCACAUAUAACACUAUGGCAACACAUGAAGAUGUUGAUACAACUACGCUAAGAAGAGCUUUAUUUAACUAUGUCCACUGUAUGUAUGGAAUCAGGUAUGAUGACUAUGAUUAUGGAGAAGUUAAUCAGUUACUUGAACGCAGCCUGAAGGUUUACAUAAAGACAGUGACCUGCUACCCAGAGAGAACUACCAAGCGCAUGUACGAUAGUUACUGGCGUCAGUUCAAGCACUCGGAGAAGGUUCAUGUCAAUCUACUUCUAAUGGAAGCUCGUAUGCAAGCUGAACUUCUGUAUGCCCUUCGUGCCAUAACUCGUCACUUAACCUGAAGCAUUCGCUGGGCAGGAGUAAAGGAGUUUUUACUGAAUUAGUGGAGUCCAGCAGAAGAUUGGUUCUGCCUGUCCUGAGAACGUACCACCAUGUCAUGACUCGUGACAGACACGCAGGCUGCGUUGCAUUGAAUUGCCCACUGGAUUCUUCUGUGUCUCCUGGAGGCUGCCAGUCACUGUCUUACUACAGCAAUUGAAGGUGAUGCGAGAUGUGGAUGCAAACAUUGAGCACACUUUAAUGUGAAAUUAAUCAUGAUAAAUCCUACAGCAUGCUACUGAAGCGCGAAAUUCAUCUGCUUUGUUGUGCCCCUUCCCAAGAGAAGAGGCCUCACGAUUUGCCAUUUCAGCCACACUUAACUGUGUUUCAAUCAUGCAUAAUCUUGUUUUACUGACAGUCACCCUCAGUUGUCCUUACAAUAUCCAUGCUCAUCACAUGUUGCAAUUUGUUUAGUUGGCACCUAUAAAGUUAAAACACAGGCUGACCAAAAAUAGGGUUGUUGGUUUUUUUGCACUCUCUUCUUUCUCAAUGUUUUAACUAAGGAAAGUAAAGGAAGGCUAGCAUAUCUGUUCUUUCAUAUUGGAUGUGUAGAAAUUUAUUUCCCAUAACCUUUUCAUAGCAUGAAAUUUUAAUAUUCAAAGUUUAAAAAGUUUCUAUGCAUUAGUGUGAGUGAACAAAAGAAAAGUGCAAUAUUUAAAAAGAAA